AUGUUCAAACAUGUGGUGUUGGUUGUUUUAGUUGCCAUUGUUGCGAACCAAGUGUCUGUUGAUGGAUUCCGUUUUAGGCGUUUCCAAAACAGAAACAAAAGCAACGAAGGUAAUAGAGUGGUGAUUAUUUCGACAUGCAGUAAUAAGUACGGAGGAUGUAAGAGCGGUUCAGGCGGACACGGUUCAGGCGGACACGGUUCAGGCGGACACGGUUCAGGCGGUUCUGGCGAUGGGCAUAAAUCUGGUUCAGGAACGAAUGGAAAAGGAAGUGGACAUGGAAGUGGAAGCCGAGGCAAUGGUGGUGACGGUUCAAGUAGCGGAAGUAGUGGAGAUCCAAAUAUCAUUAUCGUACCAUUUCCAAGUGAUUUGUUUGGUUCAGGCAAUGGUAAUAAUGGAAAUAAUGGCAAUGGGAAUAAUGGAAAUAAAGGCAAUGGCAAUAAUGGCAAUGGCAGUAAUGGCAUUGGCAGUAAUGGCAAUGGCAGUAAUGGCAAUGGCAGUAAUGGCAAUGGCAGUAAUGGCAAUGGGAAUAAUGGCAAUGGUAAUAGUGGAAAUGGUAACACAGGAUCAAACGGAGCUGGAUCGGGAAAUGGAAACACCGGUUCAGGAUCAAACGGAGGUGGAUCGGGAAAUGGCAACACCGGAGGCACUGGUUCAGGCUCAGAUGGAUCAGGAUCGGGAAACAAUAGCGGCAACAAUGGCGGCAAUGGUGGCAACAAUGGCGGCAAUGGUGGCAACAAUGGCGGCAAUGGUGGCAACAAUGGCGGCAAUGGUGGCAACAAUGGCGGCAAUGGCGGCAACAAUGGCGGCAAUGGUGGCAACAAUGGCGGCAAUGGCGGCAACAAUGGCGGCAAUGGUGGCAAUGGUGGCAAUGGUGGCAACAAUGGUGACAAUGGCGGAGGAAACACUGCAAUCUCACUCAAUUAA